UGUGAAUUUUCAGUGUUGUAGUUUUCCUCUAGAUGUCCCAAACGUUCCCGAAUCGUGAGUUGUUAUUCUGUGAUUAAAAAUUUAAUUUACAUAUACAAUAUAUAUUGAAAUAUUAAUUGUAUAUACGGUCAACGACAUUUUAGAGACAUUAGUGACGUCUCUAAACUAGUUUGAAAGCAUCCUAGACGAAUAAUUGGUGCAAAUAUUUUGUCUUGUAGCUGUUUACUUGAUACCACUUAAACUGCACCAAUCAAACUUUCGUAAAAGAGUUGAUUUAAGAGUGGAAGUGAAUUAAUUGUAUAUACCGGUACGGUCAAAGACAUUUUAGAUACGUUAGAGACGUCUCUAGACUAAUUUGAAAGCAUCCUAGACGAAUAAUUGGUGCAAAUAUUUUGUGUUGUAGCUGUUUACUUGAUACCAUAAACUGUACCAAUCAAACUUUCGUGCAAGAGUUGAUUAAAUAGUGAAAGUGCUAAGUUUUUUUGUUGGAUUUUGGAAAUGAUGUCAAGACAGUUCUCUGUUGCUUGGGCCGGUAUCAAGCCUGAUUGUUGCAAUAGUGUUGAUACUGCAGAGGGUGAAAAUGGAAAACCAGUUUACCAGAAGUGUUUGCACAACUUGCACCAUGACCAGAAGUGGCAGCAGGAGGCGAGCCUGGGCAGACGCGUUGGACUGUACAGGCUGCAGGGUGAAGUCGGGCGAGGCAACUUCUCCCAUGUCAAGGUCGCCGUUCACGAACUUACCAAAGAACGCGUCGCUAUCAAAGUACUGGACAAAGCCAAGCUGACACCCAAGUCAAGAAGGAUGUUGGUCAGAGAGAUCGCCAGCAUGGAGUCGGUCCAUCAUCCUACUAUUAUCAGACUUUAUGAAGUCAUCGAAACGUACAGUAAACUGCACCUUGUGCUGGAGUAUGCACCCGGUGGGGAGCUCUACCAGAAGCUGACCACUGAGGGAAGGAUGCGGGAGGCCGAAGCCAAGGCUGUCUUCAUCCAGAUACUCUCAGCUGUCAAGCAUCUUCAUGAAAGGAACAUCAUCCAUAGAGAUAUCAAGGCAGAAAAUGUGUUCUGUGGCGUGAGGGGUGCUGUGAAACUCGGAGAUUUUGGAUUCAGUACGCAGAUUCGAUCAGAGGAAAUGCUGCGAACAUUUUGCGGUUCGCCGCCGUACGCGGCACCCGAGCUGUUCCGGGACGCGUCGUACCAGGGUGGCCCAGUGGACGUGUGGGCGCUGGGUGUACUGCUCUUCUUCAUGACCACAGGCCACAUGCCAUUCCCUGCCGACUCCAUUGCCAACCUCAAGCGCAGCAUACUGUUGGGGGUCAUCACAACGCCGGCUCAUCUCUCCAACGAGUGCCGCACGCUUAUUAGAGGAAUUCUUAGACAAGCGCCGACCGACCGUUUCAAGCUGGAGCAAAUCAUCCACUCGGAGUGGCUGGAGGGAAUGACGGUGGUGGGCUCGUGCGACGAGUGGAGCAUGCAGCCGACCCUGGGUGCUGACGAGAAGGUGUCUACCAUCGAGAGGACGGCCAGGGAGAAGCUGGAGUUGAUCGGCGUCUCGGCCGACAUGCUCGCCAAGGAGGCAGGUCAAGGAGCCAGGAGUCCUGUGAUUGCCGCAUACAGGAUAGUGGUGCACCGGUUGCAGAACAUAGCUCAGUUGCCCGCCUUGGCGCCCCCUGUCACAAAGCCCCCCAAGUCACGGACCUGCUGCAUACUCUGACCAAAAUGCUCAAACUAUCGGCCAAUCAUCUAAAUAACUAACUGUGACUAGGGCUUCUAUAAUAUCAGACCAGAAAUCUCUUGACUCGUUCAGCCAAUCAGCUAAAUAACUAUACUCUGUACAAAAUUACUUCUUACUUGGGAUGGACAUGCGCAGUAGAGAAAGCAUACAGCGAGAGGGAUACAGAGGCGCGAUGUUGCCGCUUUGAAGCGGCCAGCGUUCUCCAACUUCUAGUGAUGCUUCUAGUUCUACUCAUGCUAUACAUGCGAAGUUUCCUAUCCGAAAGCAGUCAGACGACUGACAAAUUGGCAACUAUGUUUCUACCUAUGUAGAAAGCUACCUAUGUAGAAACUACUUUUCUACCUUUGUAGAAACUGCGUUUCUACCUAUGACUCUAUUAAUUGACUCUAUUACACUGUAAUUGGCUGAUCUCCUUCUUUCUAUUUCUCUGCGCCGCAUAUUCCUCCAAGUUAUAAGUAGUUUUGUACUGACUAUAAUAAUAAUAGCAUAGAUAAAAUAUAGCAUGAAGAUAUCCCAUGAUAUAGGUGUUUAUGUUUAUCACCUAUCUAGGUUUCACUAACCUUAAUACGGAUUUCCUAGAUUUUCCUUCCUGCCGGCUAGCUUCAGAAGGUGUGUGGUCGGGGCCAGGAGGUGAGGGUUGAACAGCCUGGUGUUCUCUCCUUCGCGCACUAGGGUUGAGAAGUGGUUCUCGGCCGUCUGCUGUACCGCCGCGUCCGCCACGAGCGUCGCGAACACUAUCAACUCGAAGUCCGAAAGCUAUCCUUUUCGUCGUGAAGGAUCAGCUCUAACUCUAAAUUCCACGAGGAAUUAGACCGACCUAUCCCCAGGAUUAGAAUAUAUCAGCCACCAACCCGAUCACGAGUUUUGAUAGUGUUACUCCUUUUUCAAUGAUUUCUCAGCUUCUUCUCUUCAGCUGUUAUCUCAAAGAAAGAAGUAAGAGUGGGGAUGCGAUUCAUAAACACUCCUCCGUUUUAGAUCAAACCCCGAGAUUGUCAUGCGUUUUGACUCACUCUGUUCCAAAUUUCACUCAAGCCUAUAGUUCUAGUACAGUGGAACUUGGUUGUAACCUCAUUUAAGGAACCACACAUUUAAUGGCGCUGUAUCAGAGUGAAACUAUAAAAGAGGUUUCAAAAUCUGUCGAGCAGGAUUUUGGAAACAAUGAAUCUGUAAUCACAGUGCAACGUCUUUUCCGUCAACAUUCUGACUCGAUACACAUUUUUCGGAGUACGAACUGAACGGGAAAGACCAGGUUGCUUCCUUUUCAUCACAGAACCAGUACUUCUGAACGCUGCAACCCAUCGGAGUACAGUUUUUGAUCAGGCACUGCACCUCGACUCCCAACUCUAAAAUAUUGACGGAAAAUUAUAGUUUUACGGGAUCUAUAAAUAAAAGACGUUAUAUCCGUGUUGACGCUAUGACCAAGGCCGCAAUAACCAUGUUACACUGUAGUUCUUUUCUGUGAAGCUAUGUGGCGCUAGUAAUCUCUCAUACUGUGCCGUUCAAAACAGUAAUAAUAGACAGUAAUCGGUUCGAGCUAACAAAAAAUCGGUUUUAAAUUCGGGACAUAAACUACAUUUAUACCAUGGGAUAUCUUUCUAUGCUAUAUUUUCUCUGUAUAAAUAGUGACUAGGGAUACUUUUAUAUCAGACCAGAAAACUCUCGACUUGCUCAGCUAAAUAGCUAACGGUGACUACAACACCUUCGUUCCUUUGUUUGGUUGAGAACUGUGCACAUCAGAUUUGACAACAUUUUUCAAGGUGGGAUUCCUUGCUAAGCUUGUAUCUGUGCGUAAAUGCAUUCUGUCCACUGUCCUAAUACAUUCAAGAUGUCUGUGAUAAAAUGAAUGAAAAAAUCGAUUUAAAAUACUAUCAAGUCAUCGAAAUGCAAUUAAUUCGUGAAGAAAAAAUUGUUUGGUUUACUAGAAUCUGUGAAAACCUUUCAGCAUUGCUCUUAUGGAGUAGUGCUACCAGAUUUCACAAAAACCUGUUAGUUGUGUGAUAGAAAGAGCGAGAAAGAGAGCGUCGGUAAUUUUGAUAGAAUCAGCAUAAAACGGCAACAUUGUGCUCCCAUUCUCGUUAGAAAUAACAUUGGCCAUUAAGUUCCGUGCUGCAAGCUGAGGCUGCACGGACUAUAGUUCAUUAUUUACAUACAAAUAUGGUCUGUAGUGGAAUACAGUAGUUGUCUACUGUCGUUUGUGGUUUUAAAACAAAUAGUUCCAGCACUGGUAGCUGAUAAAGUAAUGAAAGCUUGAUCUUCAAGUAAAAAAAUGCUAAUCUCGCAAUAUUAGUAAUUUACAAAAUCUUCUUUUAUUUUUCAGAUCAUGGCCCUUCAAAAAUGAACUUUUCAAGAAAACGGUUUUAAAAUUAACUACAAUAAUAAAUAAAAACAUUUUCUACGCGAAUUUAUUUCAUUCUAAUAACUUGAUGAUAUUCAAGCAGAUAAUUUUUGAAAACUGGCACCUGAAAAAUGUUUUCAAAUCUGGUGUGCACAGCCUUAAAUUAGCUUCAAGGUUGUGAAAUUUAUUCUGUUAGUAUCAAGUAUAUUAUGUUAUUCUGUUAUAGGCCAAAUUCAUACAGAAGUGACGAUGGCAUGAACACCUCGUUGGCGUGGAGGUGACUUUUUCAAUCCUAUAUAACCAUAUGGCCCAAUGCAAACAGAAAUGUUGAUUCGCCACGCCAAUUCUAUUAGCGUUGAUCAUACAAUGUUUAUAUAGGAGUGGCAAAAGUCAGCGCCACGCCACAGCCACGUCACCUCUGUGUGAAUUGGGCCUUGGGAAGGAAAAAUAUGAGGACUUGUGUAUUCGACAAGUACAUUAAAAAAAUAGGACGGAACACUGUUCAGUGUUAUCAAAAUCAGUGUUAUGUUAUUUAGCUGUUCUCCAGUUAGUUAUUUAGCUCAGUGCUUCUCACUUCUCACCCUCAAGACUUGUUGUAUUAUAUUGUUUGUGUAUAUAGGCCUACUGUCAACUAUUACCAUUUCUUGUGAUAUAACUGUAAGUAGAAUAGGAAUUCAAUGUGAAUGAAUAUGUCUUUUAUGAAUCAACAGAAGGAGAGUACCUAUUAUAAAUGUGAACAAAACAUCCACUGUCGCUUGUGCAGUUGGAGUUUAAACUUAAUCUGAACUGUUAAUCCGAAAUUAUUCAUGCUGUGGUUGUAUCUAUAAAAUGUUUUAGAAUAGAUGUAUUAUAUCUAUUUAAAAUGUUUAAUACCUAUUAUGAAAAUUUCAAAAAGGUUUAAAUUUAACCUAUUAACUGUUCCGAUAUAGCUUAAACUUUAUACACUGUGUAGGCGAUCUGUAAAUAAAUGAAUGAGUCAUAACUGUAUGAAUGGGUCAAAAUGUGUAAGUUGUUUCUUGUGUAUUAUGAAAUAUAAUAUAAAUUUAAAUUUCAUACUCA